AAUAUUUUUAGUGUUGUGAUAUUUUUUUCCUUUUUUAUUGUUAUUAGUUAUUACAAAUUCGCUACGAAACGCUUGUAAUUUAUUGGUAUCGAUUUGCUUAUUGGACGCUGAGCAAUCAUGAUUUUGACCGUCUUAUUGGUCAGUUGAGUUGACCGAGCACACUCGUACUCAUUCGCAGUUCGCACACAUUUUUUAAACAGAAAAAUGUUUUAAACUUCACAACAUGAAGUCUACAGCUAAACCAGAUUAUGACAGAAGAUUCCAAGAAGAUCUUGAAAAAGCCCAAGCUCUAAGUUUGGAAACUUUAGCUCUUGAAGAGUUUCGAAAUCAAAAGUUAAAAUCUGAAUCUUCAACAUGCAAUAAAAAAACUGUAGUUUCGACAUCUGCAAUUCAGACACGUUCAAUGUCUCUUAUAGAGAAAACAGUUAACUGUAAUGACUUAUCUAGAUCACGGCCCAGACCGGGCUCAUUCAACACAGGUGAACCAUUAUUGCCACGUAUAAAACCACCACCUCGCCGUAAUACUACAGUCAUUCCAAAAAGUAGUACUAAUGAUUCAAUCAAAGAUUUAUUUAGCCUUGACUCACCACCAAUCAAUGAUCUCAUGAACAAUUUGGAACCAUUUAAUUUUUUAGAUGGGAAUAAAAAGCUUCACACAAGUGAUAAUAACUCAACAUUCCAGAAUCUAAGUGUUACUCCAAACACACCAAAUGUUAGUUCAAACCAAAGUCAAUUUAGUGGGUCACAUGAUCUUAAACAAAACUUAGAUGUAUUGUACCAAGGUUAUUUCUCUCCAAACAAUUAUACUGGAUAUCCUUCUGGUUACCAAAUGACAGUUCCUCCUCAAACCUUCUGGCAAGGGCAAACCAUCAGUAGCUGGUCUACAAGUAAUGUUACUCAAACUCAGCAAUUAACAAGCAGCACAAAUAAUAUACAAACAAACACUUCAUUAGUUGGGAUGAAACCAGACAUUUUUGCUCCAAGUCUCAUAAAAAAACAAAACAACAACAAUCUCAUUGAUUUAAACUUUUUUGAUAGUAUAGAAAAUCCUAAGGAAAAAUUUUCAAAUGUUAGGACUAGUGUUCUUGAAGAUUUUGAUCCACUUCUCCACGGACAAUCACAUCCAAGUUCUUCUGCUGAUUCUGACCAAGAUAAAAACGAGUCGUUAUAUGCCACAUAUGACCCGUUUGAUUACAUGUAUUCUCCAUCAGUCUCAUCUCAAUCAUCAGACCCAAUUUAUGCUGCUGUUAUAAAGACACCCAUCAAUUCACCUCCACCAUUACCUCCUAGGAGUUCUUUGACUCCAAAAGAAUCAAAAGCUUGCAAAAGUUUGACAUAUGAAAAUGUUGGUCUAGUAAAACGGCCUUCGGUGUUUUAUGAUCCUGACUUGGUAGCAUUUCAUAUGAUGGUCAAGGAAGUUAGAAGAAAAUUUGUUUAUACUGAUUCAAGCACAAAUGAAGGGAUAGUAGUGUGUUCAAAAUUUGAAAACAAUCUGCAUCAGAACACCAGUACUAAAUUUAUAGUUCACUGCGAACCAAUUAGGAAAACACCUAUUAUAUUUACUUGUGACGUUGGGAGUAGUGUUGAACAUGUCAUAUCACAUGUGAUUUGUGAAUUAGAUCUGGAAGAUGCACAUCCUAGUGAUUAUUUUCUCAAAGUAAAACAGUUUUCGGAAUAUAUGCUACCAAUGAAUACUCCAGUCAUUAAUUUUGAAUGUGUUCAUGAAUGUAUUAAACUUGAUAAAGAUGUUGAACUCGCUCUAUUCCAUAAGGAUGAUGUUGCUCAUAUUUAUGCUAGACAGGCUCAGGACGAUGUUCAUGAUAAUGAAUUGGAGUUGAGUGAUUUGUGUCCCAAUGAACCAUCUCAACCGAUCACACAUGAUACUUUGAAAAUUCUUCUUGAUACGCUUGAUGGUGAAAUUCUUAAAAUUCAAGAUCAUGCAGUAUCUCUUUUUAAAAAGCGAACUAAAACACCUUUACAACCUACUGGUGUUCAACAAGCCGUAAAAGCGUUGAUUGCUUUCUUAGGCAAUAUUGAACCACUGGACAUUACUUUGACGUUAAAUAACUUUGUUUCUUCAUGUAAUGAAAUUUCAAAUGUCAUACAGGAUGUUUAUGGUUCGCGAACUGAAGUGAUUUCAGAUGAUGGCUCAGAUUAUUCUGUUGUGAGGUUGAAAUUCAAUGAGACUGAAAAAGUAGAUUAUAUUACUGAUGUGUGUUUAAAAAUAAAAGAAAACGUGCAAACAUUAAUUGAAAAUUAUUGCAAAGCUUUCAAAGUUGAUUUCCAGUUAAAUUUUAAUUCUUCACAAUUAUCAGGGUCUAAAUUUUCUUCAAAAGUACCAGAUAAUGUUGUCAUUUACGUAAGCUGUUUGCAUCGAUUAUUUUCUUCAUGGAGUCAUGAUGAAUAUUUAAUCGCUGCUCAAAUUUAUCACGGUACAAGACCAAUUGGUAACACGGUGCUUUCCAAAGCUGUUAUAGCUGAACAUUCAAUUUACAAACGUGUGGUUUUUGAGUCAUGGUUGGAAUUUGAGAAUAUGAGCCUAUGUUUGUUACCGAGAGAGAGCCGAUUAGUCUUAGUUGUUUAUGGCAGAACAUUUAACACAGAAGGCCAAGAUACGUCGGCCACAGUUUCUCAAACAGAACUUGGAUGGGGUUCCAUACAGUUUUUCAAUGUUGAAGGAGAAUUUUCUCAAGGCAAACAUUUGUUAUCACUUUGGCCUCCAUGUGCCGAUAAACGCCUUGGCCCGGCACCAGCACCUGGUACACACCCAUAUAGUCAUUCACAUCCGGUUCUUAGUAUUGAAAUCCAAGAGUUUGAUUUCAAAAUAUUGUUUCCUCCAGAGUUUCAGGAUAACCAUAUAAUUAAAAGUGAAAGUUUUGAUUUUACAAGUCUAGACUUAAAUACUCAAGAACAGUUAUUACAUAUAAUUUAUCAAGAUACUUUUACUAGACCUCUGUCAGAGGAUAGGGAAGUUUUGUGGGAAAAGAGAUACUAUCUUUUGUCAAAGCCUAAUGCCUUACCUAAGGUAUUGUUGGCCGCUCAUAGUUGGGACUAUGCGUGUUUGGCUGAUCUGCAUUCAAUGCUGAACUCUUGGUCACCCAUUGAACCUUUAGAUGCAUUACAGUUAUUUUUACCAUGCUUCCCUGAUAAUGAAGUACGUCGUUUGGCUGUCAAGCGAAUACGAUUACUGAGUAAUGAUCAACUAAUUGAUUUUCUUCCUGAACUGGUUCAGGCCAUUAAGCACGAGACAUAUGAUAAUUCUCCUUUGGCUGAGUUUUUAUUAGAGAAAGCUCUAUCAUCACCUACCAUUGCUCACAAUCUCUAUUGGUUUCUUAUUCAGCCACUUCCAGGACAAUCGCCUCAGAAUUCCUAUGACAUUCAUAGUCCUGAUGAUAAAACAGUAAGCGAGUCACGAUAUUAUAGAAGAUUGCAGCUACUGUUGAGGGCAUUGAUUGCAACUUGUGGUGAAGCACUUAGAAAGUGUUUUUUGUCUCAACAGCUUUUAAUGAAGGAAUUAUAUGACACUGCGGAAAAUGUUAAAGUCAGCAAAGAAUCUCUCAGACUUAAAGUACUGACCCAAGAUUUAACUAAUAUUGAUCAGAGUUUAAAGGAUAUUCCCACUUGUCUGCCACUUAGUCCAAGUAUGCAAGUAUGCGGCAUACAAAUAAAGUCGUGUUAUUAUUUCCCUUCUAAUACUUUACCACUGAAAAUCAAUUUUAAUUGCAUGGAACCAAAUGUCUCAAUUCCGGCUAUUUUUAAGGUAGGUGAUGAUCUACAACAAGAUAUGUUAACCAUUCAGAUUAUAAGAUUAAUGGACAAACUAUGGCUAAAAGAAGGGCUGGACCUAAAAAUGGUAACAUUUGCUUGUGUUCCAACCGGUGAAAAGAGAGGUAUGAUUGAAAUGGUUACAAAUGCAGAAACUUUAAGAAAAAUACAAAUUGAAUUAGGAUUAACUGGUUCAUUUAAAGAUAGACCUAUAGCUGAAUGGUUGGCAAAACACAAUCCAUCUGCUCUGGAAUAUGAAAGAGCAGUUGCAAAUUUUACAGCUUCAUGUGCUGGAUACAGUGUUGCUACAUAUAUUCUCGGAAUAUGUGAUCGUCACAACGAUAACAUAAUGAUGAAGACUACUGGACAUCUGUUUCACAUUGAUUUUGGCAAAUUUUUAGGAGAUGCACAAACAUUUGGGAACUUUAAAAGAGAUCGUACACCGUUUGUUUUGACUUCUGACAUGGUAUUUGUGAUAAAUGGUGGUGAUAAACCAUCUACAAAGUUUCAACAUUUUGUCGAUACAUGCGUUCAGGCAUUCAAUAUUGUUCGCAAACAUGGAAAUUUGUUAUUGAAUUUAUUUGGACUGAUGGCAUCAUCUGGGAUACCUGGUGUUACAAUGGACGCUGUGAAUUAUGUACAGAAAGCUCUUCUCCCAGAAUUAUCCAAUCCAGAAGCAGCCGCUUCUUUUGCUCGCAUGAUUGAAAAUUCAAUAAAAUCUCGUUUUACUCAGUUUAAUUUCUUCUUACAUAACUUGGCACAAAUGCGAUUCAAUAAUGAACAAAAUGGUACCGAAUUGCUUAGUUUUGUUCCUAAAGUGUACACGAUGGCACAAGAAGGAAAGAUUGUUCGUGUUGAAGUGUAUGGAUGCCAAAAGCGAUAUGAUCCUGAAAAAUAUUAUGUGUACAUUUUAAAAGUUUUCCGGGAAAAUCAAAGGGACCCUUCAUAUCUCUUUAGGUCGUAUAAAGAAUUAUCGGAAUUCCAACAAAAACUACUACUAUUAUUUCCAUUAGCAAAAUUUUUAAGUUUAUUGAACACUAGUAUUCACAUGGGACGAUCACAUAUUAAGCAAGUAGCUGAGAAAAGACGUGUAGAAAUACAAAACUUUUUGAACACAUUAUUUCAAAUGGCUCCUGAAGUAAGCCAUUCAGAUUUGGUAUACACUUUUUUCCAUCCUCUUCUAAGAGACCAGCAAGAAGCCAGUAUCGAAGAUACUAAACUAAAAGAACCAAAGCAACAAGGUUAUGUUAGAGAAAAUCGUAUAUUAGGCCAAUUAAAAUUGACUUUACAUUAUCAGCGGGGAGCAUUCAUGAUAAUGGUACACCAUGCUAAAGACUUGCCACGCAUAGCAGGAAAUCAGGAACCAUCGACAUACGUAAAAGUAUACUUGCUACCUGAUCACAACAAAGCAACAAAACGCAAAACAAAAGUUGUUAAAAAAAAUUGUUAUCCAUCAUUCAUGGAAAUGUUGGAGUACAGAAUGCCAUUGGAUGUGGUUAAAUAUAAAAUUUUGCAAGCCACUGUGUGGAGUCACGACUCGUUACAAGAAAAUGAGUUUUUGGGUGGCAUUAUCAUAGAACUCCAUGACAUUGAUCUGAAUUCGGAGACUACAUCCUGGUACAAUUUGUCUAAUGUGCACAGAUGACAGUACGGUGUUUUUUAACUGUACAAUGAGUUUCAGCCAUUUUGAUGAGUUUUUGUUAUUUUUAUUUUUUACAAAGUAUAAUUGUUUUUGGGUUUUAAAACUUAUAAUAUUUUUAAACGAAUUCCAUUAUCAAUUCCAUAAUCAGAUGUUUAGUCUUAACAUUGAAGGUAUAUUACUCCUUAUGUAAAUUAUUUGUUUGGGCUGAAAUUGCAUUUUGGUGAUGGGUUCAACUUCACUUCCUGUUCUUAUUUUAUUUUAUCACGUAUUGAGCGAUUUUAAUUUAAUUUUAAUAAUUAAUUCUUUUAUAAUUUCUACUGUUGAUCGUUUUUUUUUUUUUUUUUAAUAAUGGUUAAUAAUUAAUUUUCUAAUUGUAUAUUAGAAUUUUAAAGUAUAUCGAGCUUUGAAUUUGAGGUAUAUUGUUAAAUACAUAUUAUUGUUAUUUUAUUCACAAAAAUUAUCAUUGUACCGCUAUGAUAGAAGACAACAGUUUAAAGUAAUGUACUAUUCCACUUAUGAGGCCAAAUAAUUCCAACUGGUUUCAAGUGGUAGACUUUAUAAGUUAUAAAUGUUUUUGUAUAUAUGAGUUUCAUCACAACAUUUAUCAUAUUAGCAUAAUUUUUAUUAUUCGGUCUGUUUGUGAUAAAUAUUAUUUUUUUCAAUGUCCAAUAAUAAUUUGGCAUUGCAUGUGACCUCCCGUGUGAUUGUUUUUAGAUAAUUUGACAUUAUCGAAUCUAUUUUUUUUUGUGUUAGUAUGGUUUUUGUUUAAAUUAAUUUUUAUUUUAAUUUUAUUAUCAUACAUAUUCAUGUAUUAUUUAUUAUUUAUCUUAUAUCUUAUGGUUAAAAUAAAUCGUUUCGUAAAGUAAGCAAUUUUAACAAAAUAAAUUCUAUACAUAUUAUAUUAUAAUAUGUGGUUUAUACAGUCAAAUUUAAUAUAACUAACAGAGUAACACAUGUUAAAAUGUAAGGUCCAUUAUAUAGUUGGUAAGAAUAAUUAUUUGAAUAUCUGAUUUUGUUACAUUUAUAAUAAUUAAAGUAACUUGCAUGAUCAUAAAACAAAACUGUUGGGAUUAUCAUUAUAUUCCUACUUAUUUUUGACAAAUAUUUAAUAUCGCUAAUAAUUGAUUAUGUUGACGGGUAUAACCAUAUUAUAACUAUGUAAAAAAAUGAAUUAUAUUUUUUUAAAUGUUAAUCAUUAAUUAAAUAUAUUAGAAUGUAUUUAAUUAAUGCUAUUAAUCUAGGUACAAAAUAAUUUGUGUAUCAUCGAUUUCACACCUUUCCGUUUAUAAACAUUAUAUUAUUUCCUAUUUUGUUUCUGUUACCAUUUAUACUAUGUAUAACAUCAAGCAAUAUAAUAUAAUUAACAUCUUUAUCAUUCACCAUCUUACCAAAUUGAGUGUUUGACUUGCAGGCAACAUUAAAACUAAAUAAGACUGAUAGUAUGUUAACAAAUUUUGAUCAUUUAAAUUUUUUUUUCGUAAUUUUAUUCAAAACCAGUGAUUUAAACUCAUUUUACUAUUGAGUUAUGUGGAAACCGUUUAUGUGUAAAUCAUUACAAGUCAUUAUUAUUGAUAAUUUGCUACUGUUUACAAGCAAUCUCAUUUUCGUUAUUAUUAUUUUUUAAAUUUAUACUACAUAUUAUCUAAUUUAAUAAUGUACAGGUCAGGUUAUGUUAUAACGAUGGGACACUAAUCAUUUUUUUUUUCAGGGUGUGUUUAUUUUGUUUCAUUGUUACCUUAUGUGUAAAAAUGCAAAACAUAAUAAUAUGAUAUAUUAUAUUUUUUUAUAGGAAAUAAAAUUAAGGCUUUAACCUUCACUUUAGAGUUACAUCCAUAUAAUUUAUUGUCCAAUAAAUUAUCAAUUUAUGUUAUAAAUUUCAAUUUUUUUAUAUAUUUAUUUUUUAUAUUUAAUAAUUUUAUUAUUGAUUUCAUAUAUAAUUUUUUUGUUUGGCAUGUUAUGUUAUGUAUAAAUUAGAAUUUUAUUGUUGCUUGUAUAAUUUAAGACUAUGUUUUUUCAGAUAUUGUUUGUGUGGCUGUAAUAGCUUUUUAUAUUUAAAUUUAAAUAUUAUGUUUGUAUAAUUAAUUAAUAAUCACUUGUUUUAUUCUCAUUUUAAACGCUUUGAAACAAUUUCAUUUUAUUUUGAAAAUAAUUAUUCAACAAUUAAAAAAACAUUUAUGAAUGAUUAUUUGGGAAUUUCACAUGUAUUUUAUAUGUACCUUGAGUGAAAACAAUUAUUAAAAUAUUUUAAUAAAUAUUCAUUGUGCCUAGUUAAUUUUGUAGAUUUUAAAAAUAAUUAUUUAUUUUCGUCUUAAUAUUUUAUUGUAUAGUACAUUAGUACAAGUUGAUAAGUACCUAUAAUUGAGUUAAUUGACUUGUUUUCAAACUUAAAGGUAACAACAUAUUCUGUGGCUUGUUAGAAGUGUUUUUUCGAUAUUUUUAUUUUGAAGUGUGUUAUGAGAAUUUUUAUACUGUAAUAUUUGACAUAUUCAUAACUUGCUUAAAAAUUAAAUAUUUUAAAAACCCAGAUAAUUAUUUUAUAAUAUCAACACAAUAUUUCACU